CUUUUGAAAUCUUGUGAAAGGGUUGAAGAGCCCACUCAAAUUCUCAUCACCAACCGAUUAUGGGUUCGAUUGACACCCCCAAAAAUCCAGAGAACGGCUCCACAACUCUGCCUCCCACCACCGACGCUUCCGCUACCUACGACGGCGAUCAAAACCCUACUAACGGAAUGCCUCCACGUGUCACCGAAAUGACGCUUCCGGUCGAAUCCGAAGUGGUUAAGAAGAGGAAAACGAGUAUGUUACCGCUCGAGGUAGGCACUCGCGUUUUGUGCCGUUGGAGAGACUGCAAAUACCAUCCGGUUAAGGUCAUCGAGCGCCGUAAGAUGCAGUCUGGUGGGACCAACGAUUACGAGUAUUACGUGCAUUAUACAGAGUUCAAUAGGAGGCUUGAUGAGUGGGUGAAACUUGAACAACUAGAUCUUGAUUCAGUAGAGACUGUUGUUGAUGAAAAGGUGGAGGACAAGGUAACAAGCUUGAAAAUGACACGCCACCAGAAACGGAAGAUUGACGAGACACAUGUGGAGGGCCAUGAGGAGCUUGAUGCUGCCAGCUUACGUGAGCAUGAGGAAUUCACAAAAGUAAAAAAUAUAGCCACGAUUGAGCUUGGAAGAUAUGAGAUUGAGACAUGGUACUUCUCGCCUUUCCCACCAGAAUACAAUGAUUGUCUGCAGCUGUACUUUUGUGAAUUUUGCCUCAAUUUCAUGAAGCGUAAAGAGCAGCUCCAAAGGCAUAUGAAGAAGUGUGAUCUCAAGCACCCGCCUGGUGAUGAAAUUUAUCGAAGUGGCACGUUAUCAAUGUUUGAGAUAGAUGGCAAAAAGAACAAGGUUUAUGGGCAGAAUCUUUGUUAUUUGGCGAAGUUGUUUCUUGAUCACAAGACCCUUUAUUAUGAUGUUGACCUAUUUCUAUUUUACGUUUUGUGCGAAUGUGACGAUCGAGGAUGCCACAUGGUUGGAUAUUUUUCCAAGGAAAAGCAUUCUGAGGAAUCCUAUAAUUUGGCAUGUAUCCUCACCCUUCCUCCUUAUCAAAGGAAAGGCUAUGGAAAGUUCUUAAUUGCCUUCUCAUAUGAACUUUCCAAGAAAGAAGGUAAAGUUGGCACACCUGAAAGACCCCUUUCUGACCUGGGGUUGUUGAGCUACAGAGGAUAUUGGACCCGAGUUCUUUUAGACAUCUUGAAAAGGCACAAGGGCAAUAUUUCUAUCAAGGAGCUUAGUGACAUGACAGCAAUAAAGGCAGAGGAUAUUUUGACUACCCUUCAGAGCCUAGAACUGAUUCAGUACAGGAAAGGGCAGCAUGUGAUAUGUGCGGAUCCGAAGGUCCUGGAUCGUCAUCUAAAAGCUGCUGGUCGGGGUGGUCUUGAGGUUGAUGUUAGCAAAUUGAUCUGGACUCCUUACAAAGAACAAGGUUGAUGUUUGAUACUCGUAUUAAUCGAUUGCCAUGUGCUUCGACUUGUACCUUUAGCUGUAUAAAUGUAGAUGCCACGAAAUUAAAUUAGGAGAAUGUAAUGAUCGCUGAGCCAUUGGCUUUAUGGUGAAUUAAUCCGUUUCUCUUACACCACCCAAUUUGGUAUCUGGUAUACAUGUAAUGAAAAUAAUCUGUAUACUUUAUGCUUAAAAUAGAUGUUUCGAUACCUGAGCUUCUGAGAAA